UACUUAAUACUUACUAUCUUUGUUCCGUCCUACCACCUCGAGGCAAGCUCACUCCACUGGCACCGCAAGCGUGCAUGCGCAGCGUGAAGUUCUCGUGGCUGCGCGUGGGCUUUUAGGCUGCCGUGAUAACCACACACUGGCCGCGGUCAGCCACCUAUCGCCCGACACCCAAGAUCAUACCCGCUUGUAUUAGUAUACCGACCACGCACCCGCUGAGAUCCACAACAACACACUACGACUCGACAAUGCCACUCCUUAUGACUUAUGCCUUCUACGUGCCUAUCCUUGGGUCUGUAUCGCUAGCCUCUGCGCGGACCUUCACGGUAGCGAACAACUGCUCGUAUACUGUAUGGCCUGCCAUCUUCACCGGAUCGUCUGGCUCCACGCCAGACCAACCCACUGGAUGGGAAGCCCCACCUCACACCUCCGUAAGCUUCUCGGUACCCAAUGAUUGGGACUCGGGUCGGAUAUGGGGCAGACUGGCUUGUGACUUCAGUAACAGUAGCGCCGGCCAGACCUGUCUUUCUGGUUCGUGCAGCGGAGGACUGGAAUGUACCGCUCCAGGCAACACUCCAGCAAGUCUGGCUGAAUGGACCUUGAGCGCAGGCAGCAACGAUUACUACGACGUAUCGCUCGUCGAUGGUUUCAAUGUGCCUCUGGCGAUCACCAACAAUGUCGGUUGUUCGGUGGCUAGCUGCCCAGUGGAUCUCGACGCGAUUUGCCCAGACUCCCUGAAGGGACCAACGAACUCAUCGGGCACGGUGCUCGGUUGCAUGAGUGCUUGCGGUGCCAACCUCGGCGGCGAUUCAAGCAACUCACCAAAUUGCUGCUCUGGGGACCACAGCACCGCAGCGACCUGCCCGUCAUCUGGUGUCGACUACUACAGUUUCUUCAAGGGAAAUUGCCCCGACGCUUACGCAUUUGCGUACGAUGAGUCGAGUGGUACUGCCUUGUGGACUUGUGACGCGUCGAAGAAUGCUGACUAUACUCUGACGUUCUGCCCCGCGGCCGACGUAUCGAGCAGCACAACGUCCGGAGCCGGAGGGUCCGGCGCGUCUGCAACAGGAAGUUCAGGAGCGGCUGGCGCAACUGGCACAGCUUCACCCACCGCGGCUCAGUUGGCACCUGCGAUGUGCAGUCUCAGGCCGACGGGAUUCGCUCAACAGCCUAUCUAUAUCAGCACAUUCCGCACCAUGGUGCGAAAGAUGCUGCGUGUAUUCUAGACUUGUCCCAUUGCGAUUAAGUUAUUCAUGUAGCUUGAGGAUCGGAUGUAAAAUGAUGCAUGUAGCAAUGUAUGUCCCUGCGAUAACACGAACGGCGAGGUCUGCA